ACAGUUUGUAGUAUAGGAAUUUUUAAUAGGGCGUGUGCCCUACUCAUUGUAGUUAGUAGUGUGCUAGAUAGAAUAUGAAAAUGAAAUACACCCACCCCUUUCGAGGGCGCGAGCCGCACGCCGAGCCCCACGCGGAGCUAGUAGUUUUAGUGUUGGUUUGGGGCGCGCUUAUCUUCGACAAACUGACAAGAGCACGCGGCUGUGUAUCAAAUCAUAGGUCAAAACUUAAAAGACUGAACGGAUUUUUUUUUAAUUAUAUGUAGUUAGUAUAACGUCCUCAAGCCGAGAAAUGCAACCAAAACACGAUAUAACACAGUGAUCUUUGGAGUAAACGGACAAACAUUGCUGAUAAUGUAAUUUCUUUCAAGAGUGUACUCGUUAAUUACCUAACCGCAAUUUUGUUAGAAAACUCCAGUGCCGAGGUGUACCUAAUGCGAAAUUUUUAUGAGAAAUAGCUGUGCUUAAAAAGUUUCAUUUCUUUCAACUUACCUGAUCAUGUUAUACAAGAUCGUAGUUGUGUUUUUGUGUGUCCAACUGUUGCAGAGAUUAGUGUCCACUCAUAAAAGUGUGUCUUUAGAUAGGACUAAGCCAUUUUCAAAGUUUACAAUAGAACAACUUUUAACAAUAAACUUUCCUACCAGGAUUUCAGAAGAUGUAGAUUUAGAUCCUUGCAAAGCUGAUAGCUUCGUGGGAGACAUUGCGAUUGCCAAACAGGAGUAUAGCAAAGAAGUGCUACGAAAAGAACAAUUAUUACAGGAAGAAGUUGAACAGCACAAAAAAGAAGUAUUAGAAGGAUUGCAAAUUGAGGAGGAAGGUUUGACUGAUCUCAUGAGAAAGAAAACGAAACAACCACCUGCCGUAGUUCCUUCGCGUAGUUACAAUGAUUUGAUUGAGGACACCGUAACACAAGUGCCAAUAAAGAACGGCCAAGUACUCCAAUCUUCCAAUCAUGAUUCCAAUUCGAAACUUCUCUAUAGUAGCGAUAUUAAAGUGAAUGUUACCAAAAAAGUUCCUACAAGAAUACGGCACCGGAAACGGCAUACCUUAGAAAAAGGUAUUAUAUUAAAAGUUAAGAAAGUAGAAAAGUCUUCUGCAGAAAGUCAAACAAAUCUACCUCCUGUAGUUAGGGGCCUCGAGGAACUGCCAACGCACGAAUUUGAACCUCACUUUGAUUUCAAGUCGAAACAAGUUCCUAAUGCGUACAAGGUGAGAGAGAAACAGCAUCAUCGUAGAUUUACCAGAGCGGCGACAGCUCGAAAGGAACGUGUAUGGGAAUAUGGAGUGAUUCCUUAUGAAAUCGAUGGGAACUUUAGUGGUGCACAUAAAGCGCUAUUCAAACAGGCUAUGAGACAUUGGGAGAACUUCACUUGUGUUAAAUUCGUUGAGCGUGAUUCGAUGGAACAUCCUAAUUAUAUUAUUUUUACAGAAAGACCUUGCGGGUGUUGUUCUUUUGUUGGGAAGAGGGGAAAUGGGGUACAAGCAAUUAGUAUAGGGAAAAACUGUGAUAAAUUUGGAAUUGUGGUACAUGAAUUAGGACACGUUGUUGGUUUCUGGCACGAACAUACAAGGCCCGAUAGAGAUAAGCACGUACUUAUCAAUAGAGAAAACAUCAUGAAUGGACAAGAAUAUAACUUUAAUAAAUUAACUGAUGAAGAAGUGAACUCAUUAGGAUUAACGUAUGAUUACGAUUCAAUAAUGCAUUAUGCUAGGAACACAUUUUCUAAAGGCACAUAUCUUGAUACCAUACUUCCAAUAGACGUACCAGGCCGAAAACGUCCUGAAAUUGGCCAACGUGUCAGAUUAAGCGAAGGUGAUAUUGCGCAAACAAAACUUUUGUAUAAAUGCCCAAAAUGCGGAAGAACGUUUCAAGCAAAUUCCGCGACAUUUGCCUCUCCGUCCUACGUUGGCAAGAAGGUAAUGGAGGAAGAAAAGUGUGAAUGGAGAAUUACGGCAACGCACGGAGAAAGAAUAGUUUUAAACAUCACAGAAUUAGAUAUACCCAAAUCGAAUGAUUGCCGUACUGAUUAUGUUGAAAUACGAGAUGGAUACUGGUAUAAAUCAGAUUUGUUAGGCAAAUUUUGUGGAUCGGGAAAAAUUUCAGAUCCUAUUGUAUCAACUGGAAGUAGAAUGCUUGUUAGUUACAUAUCAAAGAAUCCCUCUGGUCAUAGGGGAUUUACUGCUAAUUACGAAGCGGUUUGCGGAGGUGAAUUAAACAUAGAUACGGGAGGUCAUUUAGAAUCUCCAAAUUACCCCGAAGAUUAUCAGCCAAAUAAAGAGUGUAUAUGGAGGAUUACCGUUCCAGAAGACUACCAAGUCGCACUUAAAUUUCAAUCAUUUGAAGUCGAAAAUCAUGACAAUUGCGUUUACGAUUACGUAGAAGUGCGAGAUGGCCUUACAAUGGACAGCCCCUUAAUUGGCGUGUUUUGCGGAUACAAAAUACCGGCGGAUGUUCGAUCGUCAUCAAACCAUCUUUCGAUUAAGUUUGUUUCCGACAGCUCAGUGCAGAAGGCGGGAUUUUCGGCGACAUUCAUAAAGGAAUUUGAUGAGUGUAAUAAAAUUGAUCACGGUUGCGCUCAAGAAUGCAUCAAUACAUUGGGAGCGUAUGAGUGUUCGUGCAGAAUAGGAUACGAGUUACAUUCUGACGGGAAAAACUGCGAAGAUGCAUGCGGUGGAGUUAUUGAUGCUCCUAAUGGGACAAUCACAUCGCCUUCAUUUCCAGACUUAUACCCGCAAAACAAGGACUGUGUUUGGGAAAUUAGAGCGCUUCCUAAAUUUAGAAUAACACUAAACUUCACUCACUUUGAUCUGGAAGGAAAUAACAUUCAUCAUCAGCAAUGCGAGUAUGAUAAACUUGAAAUACACAGUAAAGCGGGAGAAAAUAGACUUAACAAACACGGAAGUUUUUGCGGCACGAAACCACCACCACCCAUCACUUCUGAUGGAAACGCAUUGAGGAUUGUGUUCCACUCUGACACCAGCAUUCAAAAAUCCGGUUUUGCCGCUGUUUUCUUUACAGAUAUGGAUGAAUGCGCAGUUAAUAAUGGAGGCUGUCAACAUGAAUGCAUUAACACUUUAGGUUCGUACACUUGCGCCUGCCACAACGGGUUUACGUUACACGAAAAUGGUAGAGACUGUAAAGAGGGUGGCUGCAAGUACGAAAUCGCGGCUCCAUAUGGACAAUUUUCCAGUCCGAAUUAUCCCGAUUAUUAUCCCAGCAGAAAGGAUUGCGUAUGGCAUUUUUCAACUAUGCCAGGUCACCGCAUUAAAAUUAUGUUCAUGAACUUUGAAAUGGAACCCCAUCAAGAAUGUUCAUAUGAUCACAUCGCAUUUUAUGAUGGUGAUUCGCCUGAAGCGCACACGCUUGGUAGAUUUUGCGGAUCUAAACUUCCACAUCCUAUCGUCGCGUCCGGAAACCAAAUGUUUCUCGUUUUUAAAUCGGACGCAUCCGUUCAAAGGAAAGGCUUCCUUGCAACUCAUUCUACUGCUUGUGGUGGACAUCUACUUGCCAUUUUAGAGAGAAAACAGUUUUAUUCUCAUUCAAAGUACGGAAGCGGAAGUUACGACAAUCGAGCGGAUUGCGAUUGGACCAUUGAAGCCCCGCCAGGGUAUAAUGUGCAUUUAAUGUUUGUUAAUUUUGAUUUAGAAGACGAAAAGGACUGCGGUUAUGAUUAUAUUGAAAUAUUUAGUGGUUUAGAUGCCAGUGGCGCUUCCUACGGGAAAUUUUGUGGAAAUUCGAAACCGACGGAUAUUAUAUCCAUGCAAGAAGCGCUUCUUAUAAGAUUCCGCUCGGACGAUACAGUAGUGGGAAAAGGGUUUAGUAUAGCAUAUGAAGCAAUUGAGCCUUAUGAAAGCGAAGAGGAAGUUUAACAACUUACAUUACAAACAGUUCAUAAAUUUUAGUGUAGAUGACACUCUGUGUACGACAACGUGAAGUAUUUUAAAUUCAUUUUUAGCAAUAAGGUGGUGUAAAAGUAAAAGCAUGGCCUUUUAGUUUUUCAAGUGUUCCCCAAAUGAACAAUUAUUUAAACGAUACGUUCUCAGACUUUAGCGUAUUUAUUACUAUACAAUUUGUAGCAAAACUUAAAAAAAAACGGAGAUACGAGGAACAGUUUGUUAAUUUAGGUACGUUGUUCGUUAAAGAACGGUAAGGACUAAAUGAUUAACAACUUCGUACAUUCUCCGUUUUUUUUAUAGAUCUAGAAAACAAAUCGAUGUACUUCGUGAUUUAAGAAAAAAACUUGUGCGUUGUGAGUAUGUUGUAUUCGUUAACGGUAGAUAUUAGGCAAUAAUAAAUGAAAUGUAAACUUUUUGUAAGAAUGGUUCCUUAUAAACAAUGUAUUAAACGUU